UUCCCUAGGAGACCAGUUCGACGAGAGCAGCAAAUUUAAGUUUAAAUAAGAACCUCCAAAGUCUUUGGAUGGCGCCCAAAAACAAGGUUGUGUCCGCUUCACUAUAACCGGUUGCGUUUUCAGCACGUGAUUGAGUAUUUGAGUUGGGUUGAGGGUUGCGUCCGCUUCGAUGUACAGAGUUAGCGGCAGACUUACACUACUUCCGCAGAGCUCCAUGAUCAUAAACCUAGCAGACGACGACGACGACGACGGCGCUUCAGGACGAAAUCCCACCACUGACUACGCCAAUGGCACAACAAAGAAGAGAGCCAUUUCGGUCGAAGACUACUACUCCAGGACCACGAAUCGUCAGCGCAAGUUCACGGGAACAUCGAAAAGUGUGCCCGUGAUCAACCUCACCGGAAGAAACCUAGGUGUUUCAGGAGAAUCCAUCAUCGACCUCACCCGAGAUGACGACUUUCAUAUUCUCAAUGCAAAAUCCAAAGCGUCCUCGUCAAGGUUAAAGCCCCAAAAGAAUUCGAAUUCAAAACCGUUGUAUAUAGAAAUUGAUGAUGAUGGUGAUGACGAUGAUGUCGCCGCCAUGACAUUCAUAUGCCAAAUAUGCUUUGACGCGAAGCAAUUGAACAAAAAUUUCAGAAUCACGGGAUGCAAUCACUCCUACUGUUCCGAUUGCAUAUCAAAAUAUGUGGCUUCAAAGCUCCAAGACAACAUCUGGCUAAUCAAUUGUCCCAAUCCAGGGUGCAAGGGGAUUUUGGAGCCUCCCCAUUGUGCUUCAAUUUUGCCACGAAAAGUGUUUGAUCGUUGGGGGGACGCCUUAUGCGAGGCGUUGCUUUCGGCUUCUGAGAAGUUCUAUUGCCCCUUUAAGGAUUGUUCUGCUCUUUUGCUUGACGAUAAUCAUAAUGUUGUUCAUUCCAAGUGCCCCGAGUGCAGGAGAUUGUUUUGUGCUAGGUGUAAGGUUCCAUGGCAUUCAAACAUUGCUUGCUCUGAGUUUCAGAAGUUGCAUAAGGAUGAGAGGGAGAGGGAGGAUAUACAGCUUAUGAAUUUAGCUAAAGGCAAACAAUGGAAGAGGUGUCCUAAUUGCAGAGCCUAUGUUGAGAGAUCUGUAGGAUGCGCUUUCAUGAUUUGCAGGUGUAAAUGCACAUUCUGUUACGUAUGUGGAGCUCGCACGAAAGAUCACUUCUGCCGUAACUGUGGCACUUAGAAUCUGGUUUCUCUGUAUAAACUGAUGCUAUCAUCAUCUAAGUCGUUUUGUUAAAGAUAGCCUGACAGAAUGAAAGCAUUCAUGCACGAUUGGAGUUCAUAUCUUAGAAGCUAGCAGAGUAACCCUACUCCAAGACUGUUAAAGAGUAGUCUUCUUAGAGAUAAUUUACUUUGUGUAUAGUGUUUAGAAGAAAAAUCAUAAUUUAUAGUAUAUUUUUCAGUAGCAUAAAUUCUAUAUUGUCUAUGCUAUCUUUCACAAUUGUUUGCCUAGGGCCUAAGAAACAGCCUCAAUCUUUUGAGACAGUGGUAACCGGUAAGGUCUUUUGUUUAAACAUUCUCUCAAUUUGUAUAUAUUAUUCCAUUGUUUGUGUCAAC